AUGGCAACCUACGACUCUGCGUCCACAUCACUCAGCGUAGCUUCUCCACCAACCGAACGACACUGUCUCAGGCGUAAACGCUCUCCUUCCCCAUCAUCUCAACACUUCACCACAUCACUCAGCGUAGCUUCUCCACCAACCGAACGAUACUGUCUCAGGCGUAAACGCUCUCCUUCCCCAUCAUCUCAACACUUCACCACAUCACUCAGCGUAGCUUCUCCACCAACCGAACGACACUGUCUCAGGCGUAAACGCUCUCCUUCCCCAUCAUCUCAACACUUCACCACAUCACUUAGCGUAGCUUCUCCACCAACCGAACGACACUGUCUCAGGCGUAAACGCUCUCCUUCCCCAUCAUCUCAACACUUCACCACAUCACUUAGCGUAGCUUCUCCACCAACCGAACGACACUGUCUCAGGCGUAAACACUCUCCUUCCCCAUCAUCUCAACACUUCACCAAUCCCAUCGCACCGGCUCUCACUCCUUCGAACGAGAAGUUGCUGACUCGAUCACAACCCCAAAAGACAGCCCCCCAGCAACAUCUUUGGGUCUCGCGUUUGGGUGGACGUCGGGCAUUCAGGGUGGACGAUACAUCCAUGAGCAUCCUCAGACGCCUGAUCCAUGAAUUGCACAAGACGUCCAGUUUGGCGAUACCGUCAGCCCUUGUUGGCACUUGCAUUCUGGAUCUCAGACGAGGCGAACAUGAAGCAAUCGAAUUAGUCAAAGGCUCCGAGAAGUAG